CUCCGAGCCUCGGCGGCGCGGUCGACGAAAGCGUGGUCAUCAAAAGAUUUUGCGCGCAGCACGCGGCGACCAUUGUGAGCGACGGGAACCAUUCGCAGUUUGUAGGCGAGUUGAAAGCACCUCGACAAACAUUGCGCGCGCCGCGCGGUUCGGCUUGGCUUGGCCGGUCGAGAGUUCCUUUAAUUUCAGUCUCAAGGUUAUCACGCCCCCCGGGACGGAGACAGCGAAGAUGAUAUCGAGGAACAUCCUGACAUGUGCGACGCCUCUUCGAAGGAAGCAGCCGCUGUCGCUAUCGUUUGCAUGUUCCUCAAUGCAUUCAACGUGGCCUACGUGCUGAUGCCCGAGAUAGAAGAGCAGCUCAGAAGGCAGUCCUGGUUCGCCUAUGUUCCGGAUGUACACGACUUGAGCAGCCUUGUGGGCUCUCAAAGGUCGAACCACACCAUGCUGGGCCUGGCCGUAAUAAGCAUCAUCUUUGACGUGUUCAUAUUCUUUGGCUCAAUGCAAGGCAUCCCUGAACUACUGGAUUCUGGAUGCGUAUGGCACUACUGCGACCUCGGAGCCGAUCUCGUUGUCGGCAUGGCUUCGGCCAAUUACACGAGACCCCGGGUCAUCCGCAGAACAACACAGUUCAUCCCGAGCAACCUGCACGUAUCCGACAACGUAAGCCAGACAUCACGUGCACCAACUCCCGCUAAUGCCAACAUCACGGAUAACGACGAGACAAGCCCUGGCUACACAGCAGCCGACAGCAGCCGCCGGGUCUUCACAGCGGCGAACAAUCAGCAUUUCCGGGGGCUACUCCGAAACAAAGACACCAUCUACGACGACGAAGAAACGAACGAGGAAACCUUGGUCAGGGCUUUCCUGCAGCCACCCACGGUGCGGCAGUUUCUUCACUUCGGUUACGUCAUAAUGCGGGCUGUUGUUAAGUGUCAGAAGCUGGGAAUAAUUAUCUUAAUAAGCCGGAGAAUGAAGGAUCAAUCCGCACCAGAUACUCCGGAUAAGCAGUCUGGUUGAAUAUGUUGUGCUGGAACUUUUUCUACUUAUAUGAUUGACCUGUGUUUUCACUGCUAAUACAUUGUUACUAUAGUCUA